GACUUCAUUUCACAAAAAUAAAAAAUAUCAGCAUCUUGGGUAACAAGGUCAUCAACAUUAGGUUUGAUGAGAACGAAAAGUAUUAAACAACUAAAUAAUCAAGUUUAACUAAUAUGUAAUUUUAAGUGUGUUUUACAAUUCUGGAUUAAAACAACAGGGGGGAAUGACUACAACUCCAAAAAUGUUCCUGCCGACAUAACGCAUUCAGCAAUCGAGAACUUUGUGUAGUUUGUUUCUUUCCUUAUAAAAUGUAAAAUAACCAGUGUAGAAUGUCAAAUAUAAACUUACUCCAUGAACAACUGUCAACAGAAAGUUGUUCUACUUUGAUACCGAGUGAUGAUUUAAAAACUAACGGUGACAUGUGUAAUUUUUUACCAAAUAAUAAUAUUUGUGAGGACAUAGUGUCUUCAAAUAGUGCUAGAUUCGAUACAGACAUUGAUACAGAGUGUGAUACACCGCAAACCACGACUGAAUCGAGCGAAAAAAGCCCUGGAAUGGAAGGUGCAAAGGACGACACAGAAGAAGAUAGUCUUGAUGGCAAAUUGGACCAGGAAGCAGACUCUCAGGACGACUCUGAAGAUCCUUACAAUAUUAACAAUGACAAAUCAUUCGAUGAUGACGACGUCAGCUACGAGCCCACGGAGUACAGGAACGGUGUCAUUAAAAAGAGUAACAAGAAGAAGAAGCUUUCGAGUGGACCCGGAAGGGGACGGCCAAGAAAAGCAUUGGUGACCAUGUACCAGAGUCAGAUCAGUGGAGACAAGAAUGCCAUAAAAAUCAGAAUUAAAAAAAGCAAUUUUUGUACACAGAUGCCCCCGAGCAAAAAGAAAUCCGGUAGACGGAAAAAACACAAAGUUAACUCGGACACCGAUGUCUCGGAUUAUGAAAAGAGGCCAAAACGCUCCAAACCUUGGAGUACCGAAAAUGAUGUUUCUAGUACGCAGGAACAUGAACCGAUUGAACAAAGCGUGUGGGGAGACCCCGAAAAACUACCAACUGCUGUGCUUGAAAGGAUAUUUGACCAUGUUGUAAAUCAAGAAGGUUGUUUACCUUCGUUAGUGAAAUUUAGUAAAGUGUGCAAGCUGUGGAGAGAUGUUUCUGUUGAAUCAAAAUUAUGGCAUAAAGCUGACCUAAACUUUGUAAAGGAAAGAUUUAGGACUGACCUGCGAUUACAUUGGCUCAUAUUAAACAGGCUUAUGGAUUGUCAAGAUUUAAAUAUGGGUGAAUGGAAAAUCCGAGAUAUUCAGGCGUUCCUGGAAGCUCUCUGUGAGCACUGUAGUAAACUGAAAGGUUUAAAUUUAAGUGGAUGGAAGGGUAUUUCACCUGACCACUUGAAAUAUAUUUCCACGGAAUGUAAAAGUCUAGAGCGACUAGAUUUGUCUUCAAUUAAUUUUACUUCUCCCAUAAAUGCACAACCGUUAGUCAAUUUAAGUCAGAGUAUGGCAGGUCGGUUGACUCAUCUAGUUUUGGCUCACAAUAAAAUUGCCAAUUUCACACAAAUUAUGGCAGCCAUUGCGACAAAUUGUCCAAAUCUUCAUCUGCUAGAUAUAUCCAACAUCAGGACGUUUGCUCACAACAUGUCAUUAUUACAUAUUGAGAAACUACAAAUUGGAUGCCCAAACUUACGAGUUCUUCGGAUCACUAAUAGUCAGAUUUGGUUGGCAGCAGCUAGUUUAACUGAACAGGUUGCGUCUCCUGGAUUUCCUCGUUUGGAAGAACUUUCUCUUGCAGGACUGGAGGAAGAUCAGACGACUACUUCUAGAUCAGUGGACGACGAUUGCAUAGAACGUCUACUAAAGAAUAGCACCAAACUGAGACUAUUGGAUGUCAGGGGAUGCAGCAAGCUAACUGAUUCAGGAUUGGUUAGAGUACCGGCUUGGGAUCUUGAGCAUCUCUUUUUGAGUGCUUGUUAUAUAACCAGGCUGCAGAAUUCUGGUUUGGAAUUAAUUGUUCAAAAAUGGUCUCACAGUCUGGUUGAGGUUGAUUUAGCUUGGAGCACGGCCACAAAUCCUUUGGAUGCUGCUGUUUUAGCAUUAGCCGAAAAGGGAUCAGAGUCGAAAAUAAGAUUUUUGAAUCUUUGCGGCUCCUCCGUCAGCCUCGAACCAGUGAAAGCAGUAUUGGAAAAAUGCCCAAGAUUGUAUUCAAUAAACUUACAAUCGUGUCGAGCGCUACCUCGCGGGAUAAAACGUCUUUACACCGGAAGUCAAGUGGACGAACUACGCAAGAGUUUGCAGGACAAGCCAAAGACUGAAGCGAUCGAAUCGGAAACUGACCAGUCACCGGCGCAAACGACUGUUUCACCGAGAAAUGAAUAAGAACUUUGUUGAACGUGUUUAGAAUCUUUCUUUUUGGAUUGAUUUUUAUUGUCAAUUGCGUGAGUUGAGGAAAAGUGGGAAACUGAAUGUGUCUUUGUCAUUUUUACGAACAUGAUUCUUUAUUAUAUCCCAGUAUAUAUAACAAACAGUAAUGACACUCUGUGACCUUGAUGAAGUCACGCAUUUUUUCCGUGCAGAGUGAUUCUCACUGCGCUUCUGCAUACUUUCAAUCAUAAUAAGUAGUUUGGAGGUUAAACUAGCAACUCAGAUGCGUAGUAGCACAGUUGCUGCUGGUUUAACCUUGUACAUUCGUUUUAACAUGUUGCCUCUUGAAGCUGUUGGAACUAUUGAGAUCAUUCAAAGAUUUGAUAAUUUAUUUGACCUAUUUAAUUCGUCUAAUAUUUCUAACCCUAAGCCCUACAAUAGGGCUUUUAGUAAUUUUGAUUACCAGAAAAAAUUUUCAUUGAGCCAGUCCGGUCGUAACUUUUAGCCUCAGAUGAUAGAUAACAAGAUGGCUGCCUCUACAAAACGAGACUUCAAAAACUUAAAGGCGCCGACGAGAGUGUCACUACUGUUUGUUUUUAGUACUGUGAUUAUAUCUUCUUUUAAGUAACUGUUGAUUAUGUACAAGAUAACUGUUUUCAUUAACGAUAUUUUUAACUUGCUUUUUAUAGAUGGCUAGUUAACAUUUGAUGCUUGAAAUUUAAUAUUAGUACGUCAUGUUCGUGGCAUAGAAAAAAAAACGUGGAUACAGGAAAUCAUUAUUCGACUGUACUAUUAAAAUAACUCAGAAGUGCAGGAUAAUUCUUGUUUAAGUGCCGUAAAAAUUAUCUUUAUCUACUGCUGCUCGGAAAAGUUUCUUUGGAACUGCAUAAAUCAGUCUCUUAAAUUUUUCAAUCGUGACACUCUCCUUCUUCCUAUACUGCUCCCUCCUCUUAUCGUUCCCUGUAUUAUAAGUCUUAGCAUUUCAUACUGCUGCCCCCUCAUUAUGUGUUCCAAAUAUUGUAACUUUAUUAUUUUUAUUGUAUUUAUUAUUUCGUAUUCUUUGCCCAUUUCUCGCAAUACUCUUCUUCUUCUUCUUAAGGUGCCGAGACCGCUUGUCGAUCGUUGGCUCUCAUGUUGUGCAGCAUAUUAACAAUCAUUGUCUUAUUUACAGCCGCACGAAAUAGUUCAGUGCUAGUUUUCCCAAACCAUUGGCGUAGGUUUUUAAGCCAAGAAGUUGUACGGCGGCCCACACUUCUUUUUCCCAUUAUUUUACCUUGCAUGACAAGGUGAAGUAUGUCAUAUUUUUCUGGGUGACGCAUUAUAUGACCAAAGUAUUCCAAUUUGCGCCUUUUAACCGUGUUCACUACUUCGCAACUUUUAUUCAAACGUUGCAAAACCCUUUCGUUUGUGACUCUUUCUACCCAACUUAUCUUCAGAAUACGGCGGUAGACCCACAUUUCAAAUGCUUCUAGGUUUUUUAAAAGCGAUUCUGUCAGUGUCCAUGCUUCAACCCCGUAAAGUAGUACUGGGAAUAUAUAACAUCGGACCAUUCUUAUGCGAAGUUCCAAAUUUAGAUCAUGACUGCACAGGAUUUUCUUAAAUUUCAUAAAACUUGUUCUUGCUUUGGCAAUUCUACUUUUUAUUUCUGUACUAGGGUUCCAGCUUUCAUUAAUAUGAGUACCCAGAUAUACAAGAUUACUUACUCGUUCAAUUGAGUCAUUACCGAUUGUUACGUUAUAGUUAUUAUUAUUUACGGCUGCCUGUUUACUAAUAACCAUAAACUUUGUUUUUCUUGCGUUGAGUUUGAGUCCAUAUAUCGCGCAAAAUGCCACCAUUCGAUUCAAUAACGCUUGAAGAUGUUCAAUUGAUCCAGUCAGCAACAAGGUGUCAUCUGCGUAUCUGAUAUUGUUCAUAAGCAUACCAUUAAUGAGUAUUCCCUCUUUUGCGUUUUCCAAGACUUCAUUUAAGAUUGUUUCAGCGUAAAGAUUAAACAACAUUGGUGACAAUAUACAGCCUUGUCGAACUCCGCGCUUGAUUUUUACUUCUUCAGAGCACUGAUUCGCAACCCUAAUACAUGCAGCCUGGCCCCAAUACAAAUUUGCGAUUAUUCUAAUGUCCCUACCGUCCAGACCGGUAGUUUUGAGAAUAUGUAGCAUUUUUUCAUGGCGAACUUUAUCAAAGGCCUUUUCAAAAUCAAUCGCGCACAUGAAAACGUCAUGAUUUACAUCUCUGCAUCUCUGAAUUAAAACUUGGGUUGCGAAUAGUGCAUCACGCGUUCCAAGGCCACAGCGAAAACCGAAUUGAGUACUUGAGAUUCUUUCCUCAAUUUUUCUAUAUGUUCUUUGAUGAAUGAUUCUAAGAAACGUUUUCAAUACAUGACUCAUUAGGCUGAUGGUGCGAUAGUCGCUGCAUUUUGUGGCUCUGUGUUUUUUUGGUAGUACAACAAAUGAGGAUUUAAGCCAAUCUUUAGGAAUUUUUCCGCUUUCAUAGAUUAAGUUGAACAAUUUCGUAAGUAUCUUAAUGCCCUCGACACCUAAAAGCUUUAGUGUUUCUACGUAAAUCCCAUCUGGUCCGAUCGCCUUCCCGUUUUUUGCGUUCUUUAUAGCGUAUUGCACUUCUUCCUUAGAUAUUGGAGGACCGCUUAUGUCAUUUAGCGUUUCUAGUUCGCUUCUUUCAUCAUCGAAUAAUUCCUUUAUAUAUUCUGUCCAUCGUAUUAGUUGACCUUCGAUAUCGAUUAUAAUUUUUCCGUUUUUAUCUUCGAUUAGUGGAGGAUUACAUUUUUUAUUCAGUCCUGCAACUUCUUUCAGUUUUUUGUGCAUAUUGAAUGCGUCAUAGAUACGCUCGUAGUUCUCAAUUUCUUUACAUUGUUGUUUAUGCCACUCUGAUUUAGCUGAUCUUAUUUUUCUUCGAAUCAUACUGUUUAGCUUUUUGUAUUCUGUCAGAUUAGCAUUCUUAUAUUUUCUUCUUGCAUCCAUUAAAUUCAAUAUCUCUUCUGUCAUUCACUGUUGCUUAUUCCUACGCUGAUUUUCCAUUAGAUGGUCUUCUUGGACUUUUUCCAAUGUUUCUUUGCAUGACUCCCAUAAUUGUUCUUCUGAAUUUUUAUUUCCCAAUUUCUGAAACUGAUCUUCUAAUUUAUCGGUUACUAUUUCUUUCACUUCCGCAUUUGAAAGUUUAUCUUUGCUGAUCCUAGGAGAUAUUUUGGGUUUUUUAAUCUUUUUAAUCUAAUACGUCCGUAUGCUAUUCUAAGCAUCGGGCACGGCCCAAAAUAGCAACAACUCUACCUUAUUGGUAAUAGUCUACGAGAAGUCACGGUAAAUUGAAGGUGUACAAAAAUAUUAUCCAUAUUUUUUUUAUAUUUCUCGUAUCAAAGUUGCGCGUGAAGUUAGGCGUGUUGAGAUUUUGGGUUCGACCCCUAAGCAUCAUCCUGUAACACCACAUUUCAAAUAACUGUAACUUAUUUACGUGUUCAUGCUUCAGUGUCCAGUUUUCAAGUCCAUAUUGCAGUAUCGAAAACACAUAGCAUCUCAGAACUCUUACUCUCAGUUCUAAUGUAAGGUCUUUACAAUACAAACGCAUUUCCUGUUAUUUCUAUCCUUGCCCGUAUUUUCAUUGUUUGUUCAUUAUUUUCUGAAAUCCAGGUUCCCAAGUAUUUGUAUGUUUGGUUGUAUAUUUGUUUUCUAUAGGUUGCUAAAAUUAUUAGCUACGAUAUCAAAGGCUCACAUCACCAAUGUUCAUCAGGAGAAAUGCUUGUAGGAACUAUCACAAUACGUAUAUAUCCAGUAACAUAUACAUAUAAAUUAAUGCAUCGAUCAAAAUAAUGAUUUACUGUAUGUAUACCGUAGUAUCUAUUGUUUUCUUAAUAUUUCAAUUUACUUCUUUCACUCUAUGAAAAGUGUAACUUUUUGGCGUCGAAUCAUGUCAAAAUCGUUAUUCUUCGUAAUUUGAUCUGGAAUAAAAGUAAUGUGGUCGUAUACAGAAAACAGUUAGCAAAAAAGUCAGAUAUAUUAAUAAGUUUUAUGAAAUGACAAACUAUAUUAACAUGUUUAAUUUUUUAUUGAUUGAGACUUAUUGUUGACGUUAUUUUUUUUAUUUUUUAUACCAUAAUUUUUUGUAAAUAUUUUUGACAAGUCCAUUUGAAUAUAGUCCUCAUUUGCAAUUAUAACCUGUUAUUUGGAAAAACCAAUUUUUUAAGAAAUAGAAACUGUUCUUUGGGGUUUUUGUAACUUAUUUGUUGAAUUACACAAUAUUAUCUUA